GACCACAAUUGACUUUUCUUCCUGAAACCUACCAUUGGCCAUAUCGCCGUGCAUAUCACCAGCGUCACGCUACCCCCUUGCAAAUUCAGCUGCAACUGAUACCUCAGCACAAUCGACAAACACAAUGGCGGACAUCCCGUCCAGGCCAUCCGAACAGGACCUUGUUGACCACAGCAAGGUUCUCUCACCGCAUCUGGACCCUAGCUACACCGCCGAUUUCGAUGGCGUAGGACCCAGCAGCGCAACAAACAAACCCCAUGAUCCCGACGAUGAGGUAGAAUCUUCGUUGCGCCUCCCAGGAGGAGACAUGCAUAGGGAUCUCUACCACAUCCAGGCCAAGUCUAAACGUGCAAAGUUGCACCAGCGGGCGGCAACGUUUUCUCAUCCUGCAGAGUUCGCACCUUCCGAGGCCGACAACGAUGAAUUCGUGCCAGUCUCUGAGCAGCUUGUUCCUGGUGGAUUCAGACGAGCAUACCUGGCAAAACAGGCCAGGAGCGUGAGCUACAUUGCCGCACCCGUGACGAGGAACUUCAUUUCGUUCCUUGAGCUUUACGGAAACUUCGCCGGUGAAGACCUGGAAGAGUCGGACGAUGAAUCAGCUAUUGAGGAGGAAGAGGAGAAUGCACCAGCGGACGAACGCCGCCCGUUGCUCGGGAGGAGAAAGAGUUCCAAGAGGAUCAGAGCCCAAGGCGACGCUUCCAACAUGAAGUCCUUCUUCACCCUGCUAAAGGCUUUUGUUGGAACUGGUAUCAUGUUCUUGCCCAAGGCAUUUAAAAACGGUGGCAUGCUCUUCUCGUCCAUUACGCUUCUCACUGUGGCCGCGGUGACCAUGCUCUGCUUCCAGCUCCUACUCCAAUGCCGAGCGAGAUACGGCGGCGGUUACGGAGAGCUUGGCCAAGCUGUCGGCGGACCACGACUGCGAAACAUCAUCCUCUCUUCCAUUAUGCUGUCACAGAUCUGUUUCGUUUGCGCUGGUCUCAUUUUUACUGCUGACAACCUGUCGUCAUUCUUGACCGCGGUUACGCCCAAGAACAACGUGCCACUGUCCACGAAUGCACUUAUCGGCAUCCAGGUCCUUGCACUUAUCCCGAUGUCCUACAUCCGCAACAUCUCGAAGCUUGGUCCUCUGGCUAUCUUGGCUGAUCUCUUCAUUGGCAUGGGUCUGGUGUACAUCUACUGGUACGACAUCUCCAGCAUCUCUAAGAUGGGUGGCUUCCACCCAUCAAUCGAGCUCUUCAACCCGCGGGACUUCACGCUCACGGUUGGCUCGGCCAUCUUCACGUUCGAAGGCAUCGGUCUUAUCCUGCCCAUCCAAUCGAGCAUGAAGCACCCGGAGAAUUUCAACAAGCUACUCGGCAUCGUGAUGCUCAUCAUCACUGUCAUCUUCACCUCCGUCGGCGUUCUCUGCUACGGUACAUUUGGUGAAAACGUCAGCGUAGAGGUUAUCACCAACUUCCCGCAGACCAGCAAGUUGGUCAACGCCAUCCAGUUUCUGUAUGCCGUCGCAGUCAUGGUCGGCGAGCCUGUCCAGCUUUUCCCCGCCAUCCGUAUCCUCGAGCAGAAGAUCUUCGGGCAGCGCUCGGGCAAGAAAGACGCGCUUACGAAGUGGAAGAAGAAUGUUUUUCGCACGUGCAUUGUGCUUUUUGCGGGUCUGGUUGCAGUCGUCGGUGCGAGCAACCUCGACAAAUUUGUCGCGCUUAUCGGAAGUGUCGCAUGCGUGCCGCUGGUGUACAUCUACCCCGCGUAUCUUCACUUGCACGGCGUCGCGGAGAGUAACCUUGCGAAGGCGGGUGACAUUGUGAUGAUGGUUGUUGGUCUGGUUGCCAUGGUGUACACAGCAUCCAUCACGAUUCUGAGGUGGUCUGAGACUUAAAAGUCCUAGAUCAAAGAGGAUGAUGGACUCUUACGGAAAAAGCUGUCGAUUAUUAACUGGUGGUCCACGAACGUUGAUGCGUUUAUGGUUUUUCGAUCUCCGCAUUCAAGCAUAGUACGGCGUUGGGGACAGCACUGCGAUAAAACUUGGUUCCACUCAAUGUUCACGGCGCGUAUA